AUGACUUUGGUGAAGCCAGCUGAGGAAAAGUCAACCGACUUGGAAGAUGUCUUGGACAAGCUCAGCAUAUACAAAAGUUAUCAUUUGCGGAUUGCCAUUUUGAUAUUCUUAGCGUUCGCAUCCAACACUGUGUAUUGUUCAAAUUUCAUUUUCGUUGCCGAGAGCGUGAAUUAUACAUGCAUAAAAUACUCAUCGGAUAGUAACUCGACGAGCGACUGCGAAGAAUGGCAGUAUGAUAAUCCUGAUUCCUUUGUUGCUGAAUUUCAGCUCGCAAACCAAGAAUGGAAGAGAACUCUGAUAGGUACCGUUCACAGCUUAGGCUACAUGGUCGGAUUACUCAUCGUGGGCCCCAUGUCAGACAGAUUGGGAAGGAGAAACACACUUGUCGUGACUGGGGUCCUCGGUGGCGUCUUUGGUGUAGCCAGGAGCUUCUCGCAUUGGUACUGGCUAUACUUAGCUUUCGAAUUCUUAGAAGGGGCCAUUGGAGAUUCAUGCUCACCAGCCUACAUUUUAAUAACGGAAGUAGUAUCGACGAGCCAGAGGAUUAAAUUUGUACUGAUGUGCAGCAUUGGUUACGCAUUUGGAGGGCUAGUUAUAGCUUUGACGGCGUGGACCAUUCCAUAUUGGAGGACCUUUCUACAAGUGAUAUAUACUCCUGCAUUAUUAUUAUUUUUUUACAAGUAUCUACUGGAUGAAAGCCCGCGCUGGUUAUUGAUCAAGGGGAACAAAGAUGAAGCCGUAAAGAUAUUGGAGAAGGCUGCGAAGAAGAACGAUCAGAAAUUAGACAGAAACGUUGUAGAAAAACUGUCAUGCCAGAAUAACGAGAGUAAAGACUUCCUCAAAACCGUCAAAAGCACUUUCAGUUCCAAUGUAUUGCGUGUAAGAUUUUUCGUUUGCCUAGUUUGGUGGACAACAUCCACUUUUGUCAGUUACGGCCUUACAAUCAAUUCUGUGUCAUUGCAAGGCAACAAGUACUUGAACUACGCCCUAUUAUCUGCUGUGGAAGUGCCGGGUCUUUUCGUUGUCUCCUACAUACUUAUAUACUGCAAACGAAAACUACCCUUGAUUUGCUGUUUUUUCGCCGCAGCGAUACUUUGCGUUUCCCAGCCAUUCGUGCCUUUGGGUAUGCCAUGGCUAUCAAUUCUAUUCUACAUGGCGGGAAAACUGAUGUCCUCGUUCUACUUUAAUAUAACAUACUUGUACACAUCAGAAUUGUUUCCAACUUACACAAGAAACUCAAUGCACGCUCUUUGCUCCUCGUUGGGAAGAAUUGGAUCGAUCAUUUCACCGCAGACACCUUUAUUGAUGCAAUAUUGGUUCGGCUUACCAUCUCUUACAUUCGGCUUGGCGUCUUUAUUCGCCGGACUAGUAACAUUUAUGGUACCAGACAUUUCGAACGAUUCCCUGCCAGACACCGUUCGUGAAGCGGAGGAACUUGGAAAAUCUAAAAAAUCAAUGAAGUCACUCGAGAUAGAUUAUAUAAAGUCCGACAUUACUAGAUUU